GCGUGACGUCAUCAACACGCGCCAACACACCACACGGAAAAGCCACCACGACCUUUCAGGCAGCAAACGAUUCCGUUUAUAAUGUGUAUUUCAAAUGAUUUGAGAGGAAAUUAAGUGUGUGUGUGUGUGUGAGACUGUGGAAGAUAACUGAACCGAAAUGCUUCGUUGUUCUUUGGUAAUUUGUGGCAGAGGAGUCGCUAAAAGGUUUGCCUCAUCGUUCUCUGGUGAGAGCGCUCUGCCUCCCAAUUUACUGCUGCCUGCCAACCUCGUGGAUCCUGCCAGAUUAAAGCGUCCUCCUCCUCCUGCAGACUGCUCCCUGCCUGUUCUGAGGAAGUGCGAUGCUGUCGUUCCCGCUCAUCUGAGCCCCGUCCAGAUGUGGGUGGAGACUCUGGAGAGGUGGGACAGCGAGCCGUUGGGUUUGGCUCAGCUCCACCCGGAUGUCUUCGCUGUGCCUCCGAGGCUCGAUAUUCUCCAUGAUGUGGAAACCUGGCAGAAAAAUUAUAAAAGAAUUAGCCACGCCAACACAAAGAUCAGGUCAGAGGUCAGAGGUGGAGGCAGGAAACCAUGGAAACAGAAAGGAAGUGGAAGAGCACGCCAUGGAAGCAUCCGAUCACCGAUAUGGAGAGGAGGUGGGGUGUCUCAUGGACCCAGAGGGCCGACCAGUUACUACUACAUGUUGCCCAUGAAAGUUCGAGUGCAAGGACUCAAAGUGGCGCUGAGCUCCAAGAUGGCUCAGGACUACCUUCACAUCGUGGACUCUCUGAACGUCCCCACACCUGACUCUCAGUACCUGCUGGACCUCAUCAGACACAGACACUGGGGAGAGUCGGUGUUAAUAGUCCAUGUAGGUGAAGAGUUUCCCGAAAACAUCCUUCAGGCAACAGCAAGUUUGAAGACAGUGAACAUUAUUCCGGCCAUUGGUCUGAAUGUCCACAGCAUCCUGAAACAUGAAGCGGUCGUUCUCACUCUGGAAACAAUCAAGUUUCUGGAAGACAAGCUGCUUUGGCACGACCAGCGUUACACACCUCUGUACCCAUUUAAACUGCCCUACUCCGAUUUCCCAUAGAAUACAUGAAAGUAUCUGUAAUAUAUUCACUGACUUCACUGAAAUGUUUUGUUAAUGUUUAUUAUGUUUCACAAAAAAAUUCAUCAAUAAAUAAUGCCAAUGAUAAAAAA